AAGUGUAUGCAUGGUGAAGGUGUCUGCCUUGGACAGUUGUCAAGUUAGACGUACAUCUAGGUACGAGGGAUGUCCACCUUGGGGUAAGGGGGCUAGUUACCGAGAAGUGUAUGAUAUUUGCUCGUCACAGGUGGAAGCUUACGCCGGAACAAUGUACGAUGCAGUUUGGCUGUAUGCCUUGGCUGUAAACGAAACACUGGAAUCAGGACAAAGUAUCAGAAAUGGCCUGGAAGUUGCAAAGAGAACGUAUAACAGACUUUACGAAGGUAUCGCAGGCCCAGUGUACAUGGACAGGAAUGGCGAGAGAGAUCCUGACUAUGUGAUUCAAACCCUCAUCGAUGACAGAUUUGAAGACAUUGCGUACUACACUCGAUACAACGACAAUUUUACCAUUUUACCAGGUGUCACUAUCAUCUGGCCGGGCGGGGUAACCACGCCCCCUAAUGACAGUCCUGAGUGUGGGUGGGACGGGGAGCUUUGUAACAAAGAUAGCGAGAACAGUACUACAUAUAUCAUCAUCGCCUGUUGUACCGUGUUUGGAUUUGUGUUUGUUACCAUGGUAUUUGUGUUCGUUUACAGGAAGCUUAUUUUCGAGCUUGAUCUUGCCCAGAAUCAAACAUGGAAGGUUAAACAAGAAGAUAUUGUAUUCAGAGACAGUGUCAAUCUGUUUGAACCCUCAAACGCAAACUUCAACUCUGUCAGAAGUAUCAAGUCCAAAGUGUCAUCGUCUCGCCUCAGUCGUCUGAGCUGGGUCAGUACUCCCAGAUCAUGCGCCAGUGUGAAGUCCGCUGACACACAGUGUUCUGCCAGGUGGAGCUUACACGAACAAGUCUUCUCCUCGGGCUUCACUAACAUCGCUUUCAAUAAGAACGCAAACUUCAAUUCUGUCAGAAGUAUCAAGUCCAAAGUGUCAUCGUCUCGUCUCAGUCGUCUGAGCUGGGUCAGUACUCCCAGAUCAUGCGCCAGUGUGAAGUCCGCUGACACGCAGUGUUCUGCCAGGUGGAGCUUACACGAACAAGUCUUCUCCUCGGGCUUCACUAACAUCGCUUUCAAUAAGGGUGAGCUUAUUGUUGUAAAACACACCAAAAAGAAGGAUCUGCGAAUAUCCCGUAAAAUUCUGAUUGAGGUCAAACAGGCCCGUGAACUGCGCCAUGAGAACAUCAACCCAUUCAUUGGAAUCUGCAUCGACUCGCCCCAGGUCAUGAUCCUCUCGAAAUAUUUGAAACGAGGCAGUCUCCAGGUAUACAUGUUGUGGUGCGCUCCUGAACACAUUAUUGACGGUGAGAUGGACAACCGAGGAUCACAAAAAGGAGAUGUGUACAGUUAUGGAAUCAUCCUUCAAGAAAUUGCCAACAGGAAGCCACCUUACAGCAUGUAUCCAUUUGAACCGCAAGAAAUCAUCGCUCGUGUAAUGGCACAUGAAGAUCCUCCAUUCCGGCCCGUGGUCAAAGAGAACGCUUGUAAGUCUGAGCUCCAGUCCCUUAUGACGCAGUGCUGGGAUGAUGACCCUGAUAGACGGCCCCAUUUUAAUAAAAUCCUGGAUAGGCUCCGUAAGGUCAUGGGCAGGGAUGUGAACAUCAUGGAUAACAUUAUGGCGUUGAUCGAGCGUCACGCUGAGAACUUGGAGGCGCUUGUGGAGGAAAGAACGCGACUGCUGAUGGAGGAGAAGAAGAAGACGGACAAGCUUCUUUAUAAAAUGCUACCAGUGUAAGGAACAACUCUAUAGUCUAUGUCUCUCGCUAGCCAAGAGUAUAACUGAUCACCAGGCCACCAGCCAAAUUUUAGGCCAAUCUGACAAAAUGCUGGGGGUUGGGGUUUGGGAUGGAAACUGCCAUACCAACGGGGAUUACAGAUGUGAUAUCUGCAAGAGACCUUGCUCUCCAAAGAUAUUUUUGACACAAGUUCUUGCAGUUUCAAGUUUGUACAUAUAUUUCCAUCUUUUCCAUCGUCCGCCAGUCCUGUUUUGUAAACGAGUUCUGCUCUUUUUAUUUUUUACAAAAGCCACAAUUACAUUCGGAUUGGCUCUCAAACCAUGUUUUGUUACUUCUCGAAAUUCCGCAACAUUGAAUAACAGGACUGUUGUCUUUGUUUACUGUACGCAGCGCCGUGGCAGAGGAACUGAAGCUUGGCAAGCCUGUAACACCUGAGUAUUUUGAUGAAGUUACAAUUUACUUCAGUGAAAUCAUGGCAUUCAUUGAUCUGGCUUCAGAGAGUACGCCUAUGGAGAUCGUGGCAUUUUUGAAUGACCUGUAUCUUGCCCUGGACAAUAUUCUUGGCAACUACGACGUGUUCAAGGUAAGCUUUAACUUUUACUGAUCGAAAUGGUUAUUCUCUUUACUUAUUGCCCUACAUUAAUUUAUUUUAGUUCUGGGAAAAUGUGGGUACAUAUAUCAACGCAAUAUCCCUCGAAGUAUUUGCUAACGUUUCUUAGUCCGUGAGG